UUUCACUUUUUAUAGGCGACCGAGUUAAGCCAAACCAGAGAGAGUCAACUCAUCCGAUUCAAAACCACUAGCUCUCUCUCAACCGAAAGUAGAAAUCAUGAAACCAGUUCCAAAACAGAACACCUCACAUGGUUUCACUCCCAGUUUCAGCUUAAAAAACUCCACAAAAUCCAUUAAGGUAAGCCUCUCUCUAUGACAUUGGAAAAGAAAAGAUGCACGACACUUACAGUAGUUUAGCUUCUUUGUCUCUUGGAACGAAGGGCCCACUUUCAUUUUCUUUUAAUGAAUACUCUAACUCAUUAAAUGAAGGAAACCCAUUUUUAUUACAAUCUUUUUCUUCAUCAUGUGGUUCUUGUUGUGCAUCGUCAUCAUUCACUACUACUGCUACUUUACAUAGAGUGCCAAUAAACCCAGGUUUGUUUUCUGGGUUGAGGCAAGGUAGUCUUAUUCAAUGUUCAGCUUCUAGAAGGUUGAUCUUGGAUGGGAUGGGUAGGGAUUAUUACCGCGUCCCGGAUUAUGGUGGUGAUCAUGAUUGUUCUUUUAAGGAGAAUAAUGGGAGUGAGAAAAUUCUCAGGAGAAGGAAGGGAGGGAUUGGAGGGGUAAGAUUGCGCGGAAGGCGAUGUUUUAGUGGGGUUAAUGAUGCAGAGACUGUGAUUAGUUUGUUGAGCGAGGAAGUGAGUGGACAGUGUUUAGGUGACGGGGAGAGAAAUUGGGGUUUGUCGAAGAGAGUGGAAAUGGUGAAGAGGGGGAAUCACAGUGGUGGAACUCGCAAGGGGAGGAGGAGGAAGAAGAAUGUUGGGCUCAGUUCAUUGGAGAGUGAUGCAAAAUGUGAAUUUGAGUCAGCUAAAGUUGAGUUGAGGAAGGAAGAGUUUACAAGGAAGGAAGAGCUGGAAGACCAGAAAGAAAAGGAAGAAAAGAAAGCGGUUUCAAAAGGGGAGAAUCACAGGGGAAGGAUAGUGAGCUCUAGUUUUUCGUCAUAUUGUUCACUUUCUUCUGCAGGAGAUUUUGAGAGAGACACGGAGUCUCAGGAUGAAUAUGUUGAUUGUCUCAAAGAAUCAUCAAUUGGAUACAGGAAGGAAUUAAGAAGUGGAGAGGGUAGAUCAGAGGGGCAAGUUGUGGAAGAGUUUGGGAGGCAUAGAGAUGGCACAGAGUGGAAGGGGGAGGUUCUGGAGGUGAGAACUAGUGCAAGAAGGACCGGUGUUGAGUGGGAUCCGAGGAAGAAAUCUGAGAAGAAACUUACUGAGAUUGAAGAAGCACAAUCAGAAAGAGAAUCCUCACAAAUGCAAUCAAGAAUGGCGAGAAACCAUGAAAGUGAAUACAAAGUAUCAAGUUCUCAUAACCAGAUUGGCAAUGAGGAUGAGAAAAGUUUGGCGGUUAAUUUGGAGAAAGAAACAGGAAAGCAAUAUUGUCAGAUGGGGGGUCAAGUCAAAGAGCAAUCUGAAUUCAGAAGAAGUUACCAGGAAAUUACCAAUAAACAGGAGAGCAGUGGAAGAAGUGUUGAAAAAGCUUCCCAAUCCCAAAAGCAGUUCAGUGGUAGAGAAGAAAAUCUAGUGGAUGCAAAUUUGGUUUGGGAAGGAAGGGAUGAACUUUAUAAAAGAGUUGGUGAAACUGCUGCAAAAAACAAUAUAAUAAGAGCCACUCACCAACUCAUUGACACAUCAACGACUGAGAAUGCCAGUACUGAAAGAGUUUCAAAUUUGCAGAGGCAAUCUGAGUCUAGAAUGAAGCUUCUGGUAGAAGAUAGAGCUCUAGGAUCAUUUUAUGAGACAAAUGAGCAACAAUUCCAAAUGGGUAGGCAGACAAGUGGACAAGUUCAGUCAAGAAGAAGUUCACAACAGUUAUCUAAAAUAUCAGAAGUUCAUGACAGUAGUAACAAAAAGACUUCGAUUCUACAAUCAGAAACUAGAAUGAAGCAGCAGGAGGUAAGUAAAAGUGUUGUUUCUAGAUCAGGUACCGAAGCAAAAGAGCACCAGUCGCACACAGAUCAAAAAGCUCUUCAGGGAACUGAAUCCAGCAAUGUAUCUGGAGAUGUUACAAAUAUAUCUCUGGAUGUCACCAAUGUGUCAAUGGUCCAUGCAAGUGAUAUGACAAUGGUCACCAUUUUUGGCAGAACUUCUGGAAAGAGAGUUUUUGAUCAGGAAAAUGAAUUGACAUCAGCUGCGAAAGCCAUUUGCAAGACAAGGGGGAGAGAUGAUAAAAUUGAGCAAAAUGUCACUCAGUUCAAAUCUUCAAGUGAGGUUUGUAGGGCAACUAACAAAUCAAGGCUUCAUGAAACAACUUCACAGGAGGCCUUUGAUUCUCAAGCAUCUGCAAAUACAGUUUCCCAAGUUGGAAUUCAACAGGUUGAUGUGGGGGAGGGGAAUGAAAGAACAUCACAGACAAUAACAAUGCCUCCCUCACCUCAGUUGUUAGAUCGAGGUUCAUUUCAUAUGAAUCCAUCUGGUUGUAUCGCAAUUCAAGAGGAUUCCAGAGAAUCUUUAGAAAGUGGCUCUAGUACUCUGCAUAGAAAUUCUGGAGGGAGAACUGCAGUUUUCCAAGAGGAAAAAUAUCGCGGAAAUAAGAAAGAUAAGAUAUAUGGGGAGGCUUCAAAUCUGACCUUAACUGAAGAUGCUCUUGGUUCAGCUCAUCGUUUAGAGGCGUCAUCAAUGCAGUUUGUUCGAGAGUUUGUCGAGAAAGCUAGGCAUGAAGUGUUAACUUCUGAAAUCCAAAAGGAGAAGACAGUUUCUGAUACAAAGUUGGCAUAUGAAGUUGAGAAGCAGAGGCAAAAGAGUUCAAGUCAAUAUGAUACUAAAGACUUACAGUUGAAGAGGCAGGACUCAAUGCAGACAUCUGGGGACUCUGGAGAGAAGGGUCCUUCAGAUGAAUUGUGGAAUGUAACAAACCCAUCUGUUCAGGAACCUCCAGAGACAGAAGCACCAGCAGCUAGCACAGCAAUCAAGAGUAUUGUUGUUAGGAGAACUGGAAGGUCCAUGUGGAAUAUCAUCUCAAAUAUAGUACGACUGCGCUGGGGUUCACAUGCUGAAACCCCUAAAUCAACUCGAAGAUCAGGUGGAAAGAGUGUGUCAAAUGAUUCUGUUACUAGUGAAGCAUGGUUUUUUGGCCAUGAACCUGAUGAAAACAGUGAUAAGAAUAUGGAAAGGGAAAGAAAAAGUAUGCCUAGGGAAGCUGCCUCUUCUCACCAGCUGCAACUAACAGAGACUUCUAGUCCAGAUGUGGUAAAAGCAUCUGGCACAUUUGGAUCAAAGAAAGUAAUAAGACCACUUGAAGGAGACACUUCAUCUCCUUCAAUUACAUUAAAAAUUGGGUCCACGUCAAAAGGUAUUUCCUUACCUUCUGAAGAGGAAAACCUUGGUUGUAGUCAAGAUAGGAACAAUUCUCAAGUUGCUACAUCUAGCAUGGAAGUAGGGGAAUCAUCACUGGUUUUAUUGCCACCUUCUAGCAUAAGUGGUCCCAUUGUGGAAGAAAGUUUUGGUACUGCUAAAAAUAAUAUUUCUGUUAGUGGCUCAAUGGAGCUUAUGGAGCGACCUGAUAGUGAAAAGUUAAUUGAAGUAGUAGGCUCUGAGGGGAAGGGUGUGGAGUUGAAACAAAGGAAGCUUCAACGAAAUGAGCAAGUUGGGAGAGACAUAUUCAAUGAAUGGGAAGAGGCUUAUUUAUGUGAAAGUGAGCAGCGGAAAAUUGAUGAAAUGUUUAUGAGGGAAGCCCUGCAAGACGCCAAGAAGGCUGCCAAUUCUUGGGAGGUGCCUGUUGGGGCCGUGAUGGUGCAUCAUGGGAAGAUUAUUGCUCGUGGCUACAACCUCGUGGAGGAGUUACGAGACUCCACCGCCCAUGCAGAAAUGAUUUGCAUUAGGGAGGCAUCAAAUCAACUCCGGUCAUGGAGGCUUUCGGAGACUGCUCUUUAUGUUACACUUGAACCAUGUCCUAUGUGUGCUGGAGCAAUACUUCAAGCAAGAAUAAAUACUCUUGUAUGGGGAGCUCCCAAUAAGCUUCUUGGAGCUGAUGGAAGCUGGAUUAUGCUUUUUCCUGAUGGACGAGAUGGAAAUGGCUCAGAACUGGCAGAUAAGCCAGCCGCUCCAGUCCAUCCUUUCCAUCCAAAGAUGACAAUCCGGCGAGGAAUAUUGGAAUUGGAGUGUGCAGGUGUAAUGCAGCAAUUUUUCCAGCUUAGGAGAAGGAAAAAGGAGAAGAAAGAAGAUUCCCCUCCUCAACCUUCAUGUCUUCCCAUAACAAACCCUCAAUCUAAAAUCCUCGGUAAGAUGCAAGAUAUCUUCCAUGCCAUGUUCUGUUUGUAAGAGAUGGUAGAACACCAUCAACUAAGGUAAUAAAAAACCUUCUGGAAACUGUAUUAUCUUUCAAUCCAAUUGAAUAUAUAUUUGGUGUCUUUAUGAGAA